UACAAACAAUCAAGCAUGAUCAAAACAUAAACCGGCUCGUGGAUCAAAGAAUGCAUAUUUGCUAGAAAAUGGUGUUUAUACAAAGUUAUCUGCUGAAAUCGGCAAAGCCAAUUAGAAGUUUUCUAAGAAGCCGGUUCCUUGACACACUCCGUUUGACCGUGAAGGGUGGACACGGUGGGAACGGGCUACCCAAGUAUGGCGGUGUUGGUGGCCAGGGUGGAGCGGUCUAUUUUGUCGCCAAAGAGGAUAAAUCACUCCGUGACGUCAUUUACAAGUAUCCUAACAAGCGUGUGGUUGCCGGAAACGGGGAAGAAAGUUCCAAAGCCAGAAUUCUUGGGCGAAGAGGCACCGAUAGGAAGGUGGAAGUUCCUGUUGGGAUUCGUGUGAUAGAUACCGAAAAGGGAACGAUUGCUGAGCUAGAUGAAGAAGGAAAAUCAUUCUUGGCCGCUGGUGGCGGCGGUGGUGGUUGUUCGGGAAACUCUUUCCUUGGCAAACCUGGUCAGCAAAGUACGCUUACGCUCGAUUUGAAACUGAUAGCGGACGUCGGGCUUGUUGGCUUUCCCAAUGCUGGCAAAAGCACGUUAGUGAAAGCGAUUUCAAAUGCCUCACCAAAGAUUGCUUCUUAUCCAUUUACCACAAUACGUCCACAAAUCGCUACGAUAGAGUAUGAAGACUAUCGACAAAUAACGAUCGCAGAUUUGCCAGGGCUGAUCGAGGGAGCGCAUGCCAACUUUGGCAUGGGUCAUAAGUUUUUGAAGCACGUCGAACGCACUAGAUUGCUGCUGAUCAUUGUCGACGUCUUCGGGUUUCAGUUGAGCCAGAAGCACAAGAAACGCAACUGUCUUGAAACCGUCUAUGCAUUAAACAAGGAGCUAGAGCUGUACGACAAAACGCUGCUGGAUAAACCGUGCGCCUUGAUUAUCAACAAAAUGGACAAAGAAGGUGCAAUAGAGGAAAUUUGUAAAUAUGAAAAAUAUUUCCGCUCGUUAGAAGACGGACUUCAAAUGUGCCCUCAGGAGCUGAUACCAGAGAAACUCCUUUCUAUUGAUGCUGUUAUACCAAUUUCUGCUAAAAGCAUGAAGGAAAUUCGAAAAGUAAAAGAUGAAGUACGAGCUAUUCUUGAUCUGAAGGCAGAGGAAAGCCUUCAAGAAACGGACCACGACAAAGAAAACCAAUUGCGAAUACAAUUAAACGAAAGUGGACCCAAAGUUGUGUAAAUAAUCAGUAACAAAAAUAAAGCUCAUGCGCUU